UAUCUACUGUCGAUUGCGGGAGAGCCGGGAUUUUUUUCAUUGUCACUAGCCGAUGUUGUAAGCCUAGUCACGCAAUCGGUUUUGUUGGCUCUGUCAAGCCCAGUAUUGUACCUCCCCCAUUGCAAGAUAGCAGAAUCGGCCUACUGGACGUGCGCCUGUUUUGGAAACAGUGCCCUGUGGCCGACACGAAGAUUUCAUCUCGAAGCUUUCACAUUGUGUUACGCCUCUUAAGCCCGUCCCCGUGAAGAAUUUUCAAAAGAGCACGGUCCUUGCAGGAGCACGAGGUUAGGGAAUCUUCAGGGCAGUGAAGAAAGCCAUUCAACUAUGGUGCAACAUUCUCCCUGCACGAAGCUUCUCGGCGCCAAUCAACGUGACGCGUGUGAAACGAUACUUGAACUCUUGGACGGCUCCUCCCGCUUCGCCCUGACCGAGGCAAAAGCCCUGCGAACGGACGUUGCCCGCUACGAGCACGUUUACCACACUGUGACGUUCACUUCUCACAGGCAUGGGCGUGCACCGGAUGAAAGCGGUGAGAAGGAGAGCACGGACUACGUGCGCAAACUGGGGUUCGCCAACUGCUUCGCGCUGUCGUCCGGAGCCCUUCGAUUUGAUUCGUGCUGCGAGAACUUACGUGAGCUGUGCUGCGAGAACGGCAUCGUGGGAACUCCGGCGCUAUUGUGCAUACUGUGCCAGAGGCCCGUGAACAAGCUGGGCUGCUCGCUUUGCGAGGACCACCGAUACGAGCCUUUACUGGCGAAAGAGGUUUUUGUACACAUCAGCAGGAAUUACCAGUUGCUGACUCAGAAGCUCGAGUUCACGUACACGGAAGUGGUAGGGACGCCGCUGACAGCCGAAUUCUUGGACUGCAUCUUAAACCCUCCCAUCGACCUGGAGCCCGUGCAUGUUCAUACCAUACGUAGGGCUACCGGAGGGCUACCGGUUGGCGACGCCUGUAUGACGCGCAAUACCCACAGGAACGGUCUGCGCAUCUUCCGGUACAGUGGCGAACAGGUACCUCCGACCACAGGCCGCCUUUGCCGCGAUGUCUCGUGCACCUACGUCCGUCUAGAGAACCUGCUGGAGCAGAGGGUGUUGCUUAAGUGUGUGCGUCAUGCGGCCGUAGCCUUCGAAGCCUAUCCGGAAGCCGUCUGCCGCUUCCUAGGAUCCACUACGCACGAGGAGUGCCGGUAUGACGUCAGAUCAAGUUCACACGUUCUGCUGCCGUCACCGCAAUGCAUCAGCUUCCAGCGACCCUCGUGCAUGGCCGGCGACUGCCUGAAACUGAAGCACAAGCUCCUGCUAAUGUGCCUCGCCAACAUCUCCGAGCCCAGCCUGACAACCAGCCACUUCUCGUUCGGCGGCGACUUUUGCUUCGCCCUGGGUGAGGGGCUGUCCGAGCUGAGCUUGCUGAAGCUUCGACGGUGUGCCACCGUUAUUUGGGAAGGUUUGCUCCUAUGGCUCGCACGUGGCUACCGGUUCCUCGACGAGCUGGGCGUUGGGAAUCGCGACGUUGUUCCCUGCGCCGCCUGCAAAUUUCCGCCGAUGUUCACAGAGCGCGACUUUGAGCAGCUACUCUUGCAGACGAAGCUAUGGCGGCUGGGCAUCGGCGAGUCGGCGAAGAUAAUGACGGUCACGUUUCCGCUAGGUCGCCUUGUGACCGACCCUCGCUUUAACCUGGAUGGUUUGGCGAGUGACGCCACUUCUGUUUCCUGCCGUGGGUUCUGUCAACGCCUCUGUGCCAAUCCCGGGCUCUUUGUGUCAAUCAUUGAGUCACUUCGGUUUUACUUUGGCCGUGAGUCCGAUAAGGGAUUCAGAGUGGCUCACUUUUCGGCGCUGCGACGCUCGUCGCGACCCAUUCACGUACUCCGUAUUAGGAAAAAAAAUGUACGAACAUUCUUACGGUGUCUCCCGGCUAACUGGAAGUGAACUGACAGAAGUGGACGACUGCGAGCGGGUCGUCGAGAAGGUAGCGUUCACUUCUGACACGGAUGACCGGACACUGGAUGAGUAUCGCCUGAAGUUCAGAGUGCAGCAACGUUGUGUGACGUUGCUGUGUUUUUUAAUCUGUUAAUAACGCAAUAAAUGUCAUUUUAGUUCGUCGCA